CCCCACCAUCCAAAGGCACCGCUCACCGGUUGGGUUCGGUUUUUUAAAAUUUUAUUUUAUUCCUUACGUGCGUUUCAAACCUUUGAGAGAUCCGUGCCUCGCUGCAGCACCGGAGAGCCUCCCAUUCCUUGGCAUUUGGCAUCGGUGUCUCCCCCCGUGCCCCGCGGCCGCCGCGCUCCGCUCUGCGCCCCGGAGCGCGGCCGGGCUGGCCGGAGAUGCGCUCCCGGCUCUUUGCUCUCCCCGGGGGAAAAAGGGGCUGUUCUGCUCCGGGCACCUCUGUCAACUGAAGGGGGCGGGAGCUGCAGCCUUGAAGUAGAAAAGGAAGAAGGAAAAGCAGCGGGGAGAGGGUGAGCGGUGCCGGACAGCGGUGGGCGGUGGGCUGAGCCUCCCGGGCACCGUGGGCUCGGAGAGGAGGAGGAGGAGGAGAGGAUGCGGCGGGGCAGGGAUGCUGCGGCUGAGCACACAUCUGCCUGAGGACAGCAACAUCGUCCUCCGAGGGGAAGGAGGAAAGCGGGGGGAAGCUCGCACAAAGCCCUGCCAAGGACUGCCCGCCUGACACCCCAGCAAAGUUUCCUGAGCUCGGCGACAGGAGGGGAGGAGGGAUGUGAGAUCCUUGUGCCCGCAGCGCACGGCUGGGCUUCCAGCCCCGGUUCUGCUGGGACCAGCCAUGGUUUUGUCAGCCCCGACCGAAGGGUGAAGGUGAGAUCCGGGGCAGCCGCUCUCUCCAUCGCCUUCCCUGGCUCCACGCUUCAGCCCAGGAUUUCAAGGCAACAGGAGACUGGAAACAGCCUUCUCACCACAACAUUCACCCUGUGAGGACUGAGGUGACCUCCAAGACCCUUCCCAGCAUGUUCAGUGAAAAGAGCAGCGCCUCUUUGUCCCAAAAACCCACCCAGAAAAAGACCCGACCGCAGGGCCUCCCAUCCCCUGCUCUCUGCUGUGCCUGUGGGCUCUGCAUCAUGCUAGCAGGGAUCAACAUCACCUUGGUGGGAGCAUUUGCCUUUGGGACCUUCCUCCCCGUCAACAACCCCCCCAUCAUCAUCGGGCCCAUCCUGUUGGUGGUGGCCUUCACCUUCUUCGGUGCCUGCUGCAUCUGCAGCCGGCGGCCGCCAGCGCACGGGGCCCGGAAAUCCAAACCCGGCUCUAACAUCGGCCUCAUCAAACCUGGCAACACGGCCUUUGAGAUCGAAACCAGCGAGCACACGGUGCAGGACACCACUGCCGUCCAGCUGAGCCCCACCAAUUCCCCCAUCUCCUCCAAAAAGUCCACGCCGGUUCACGAGAACGCCAAGGCCUGCAAACUCUUCACCAUGGAAGGCAACGGGCCGGUGGCCAAAUACAGCACAGGAGGAGAGGCCAUACAGCUCAACCUGCCCAGGGACCUGGCCACAUCCUAAAGCUGGGCACAGCUUGGUCAGCAGCCAGCCAAACGCUGCGGUGGGUGGGCUGGAAGUGUUCCAUCAGUCAGAGGUGUGGGGAAGGCGCUUGUGAGAAGCCAGCAGGUCUCUCUGAACCACUUUAAGGGAGAUGGAUGCAACAGCAGGAAAAAAAAAAAUCCAGAUUUUUUGCUGAAACAUGCCCAUUAUACAGUUUUAAAAAGAAAACUGAUAAUGAUGCUGCUGUGAAAAAAUGAUUUCAGUUCCUGGAAAUAUGUGGCGGUUUUGAGGGAGGAGAUAGGAAGAGGGGAAUGAAUUAAUUUGUCUGAUAUAAUGUGGCAAUAUGACAGUUGGAAGGAGAGGCUACAUGGGACUGACAAAUGACAGCUUUUUCUUCUCAGAAGUGAAGCAAUUCUUGGACAUAAAAGAAGCAGGAAUGCAGUAAAUUACAGCUUGCUGCCACUCAGUCACAAGAAGAUUUCAGCAUUUUUAGUGCCAGACUUCUUGGCAGUGGGGACAAAGCUAUGUCUUUGCUACUGAAAAAGCAGUAUGAAACCAUUUCCUCUCUGUUGAAAAUUUUUGCCCCAUCUUGCCCUCAUUUGGAUGAUUUUACUGCCCAUUCUAAGAGAAGGAACCACAAGGAUCACAAUUAGCACUGGGAUUUUCCUCUCAAGUUAAUGAGUUUGAGCUGCAGCUGUGCUACUCCUCAGAGUAUAUUUCUUGGAAGAUCAGUCAGGCAGAAUCCUUGGUGAUAAGCUCCUGGGGUAACCAGAGAC